GUGUUUCGACACCCGCCCAUCCCGUGGCACCGGCUGCGCGACUUCCAGACCGUCUCGCUCCGGCUGCUCAUCGAGCGUCUGCUCACGGCUUGGCGCGUGCCUGGCGCCGACCGCGCCAUCUUCAUUCCGAGCGACCGGCUCCUCCGGCCGACGCCGCGCCUCGUCACCAAGCGGCCGUACCACUUUUACCACUCGCCGCACAACCCGGGCGUCGAGCUGAUCGUCGACAUGCUCGAGCAGGCGGCGCCGCGCCGCGCCGCACCCCUCGGCCUGCAGCUCCGGCGGACGAGCAUGAGCGGGCUACCGUUGAGCGUCCUGCGCUCGACUGACGCGCUCGAUCACGCCAGCCCCGCCAGCGUGGUCUGCUUUCUCGUCUACCUCCACGCCGAGACCUUCUCGCCCGGAGAUCGGGCCACCAGCCUGACGCGCGAGCUACAGGCCGCGCUGCACGACGGCGUCCCGCUGCUGCUCGUCCACGAGCGGAGGAGGGCGCACGGCGCGGCCACCUUCAACGAGAUUGCGGAGGCUACGCCACCCGCCCUCAAGGCGUCAGGCGUCUACCGGCGCAUCGCCACGCCGGUCUUUGAUGAGCCGCACGCCGCCGUCUCGGCGCGGCUCCUCCUCGACCAGCUCGAGCAGCUCGCGAGCCGGAGCAGCACCGGCUCCCUCCUUCGCAGGCUGAGCGGGCACCUUGGCAGCAGCCUCAUGUCGAGCCUCGGCAACUCGAUCGCCUCGUCGGACGGCUCGAAGAGCGGCGGCGACGACGCCCACCCCCCGCCGCACGGAGGCGCCGCCACGAGCCCCGCCCGACGCAGGAAGCUGCCACCGCGGACCGAGCCGGCACAGCGCCAGUCGUGCCCAGCCGGCCCGGCGAGGGCAGCACCGCGCCGCCAGUCGUGCCCAGACAGCGGAGGGAGGCAAGACGUCGAGGUGGUGUGACUGUGAAGGGGAGGGCGGGAGAUCAGAUAUAUACGUGAUACGUGGACUGGAGGUGCGGUGUACUAGUGGCGCAUGCAAUCCCUUUAAGUACGUAUCUUUUAGCUUACUGGGACUGUUACUGGGAGCGCUAGAAGGGAGAGAGGGGGUUGUGUGUUCUCUUUACGGCUUGGCCCAUAUACAGUACAGUUUUUAACC